CCCUGAGAGCGUUUAGACAUCAGGGCUUCUGCCGCCAGACUGUGUGUUAUUGUAACCCAGAUUCAGGCUGUAGAUGGGCCCCUCGGGGGAGGAGCCUGUAGGGGGCGUGGUCAGAGGGAUGACAUCACUAGGGCAUAUGGAGCCUGUAGGCGGUGGAGCCAGUAGGGGGCGGGGUAAGAGAAGAUGACAUCACUGGAGCAGAUGGUCACUCAGACUGUGGAGUGAAUGAGACGAGAAGCUGGGAUUGAGUUCAUAUGACUUCAGUUUAUCAGAGUUGUUUGUGAGACGAUGCACAAACCCCCGCACUAAGAUGUAGAGUCCACACUAGGAGGAGUAAGAAGAAGAAGAAGAGACUGAACGAGGAAGAAACUCCGACAAACACAAAGAAAACUUGCCGUUUCACCUUUCCGAAACCCCACAGUACCCUUUGACCUCAUCCGCCACUGCACCAUGUGUCACGUGAUCGUGACGUGCCGCUCGAUGCUAUGGACGCUGCUUAGCAUCGUCGCGGCGUUCAGCGAGCUCAUCGCGUUCAUGAGCACCGAUUGGCUGGUGGGGUUCCCGCGCACGCCGGACGCUGUGUUCUCAGGUGUUCACGGUGUUCAAGGGUCGACGGGCGAGGCUUAUCGGCCCACACUGGGUAUCUACGGGCGCUGUCUACGCCUGCCUCACCUGCGCCGCGGUGUUCUGUGCGGCCCGUACGCUGUUAGCUUCUCAGAGAUCGCCAGCGGGUUCUGGAAGGCAACCUCCAUCUUCCUAGCGGCGGGAAUCCUGAUGCUGUGCGCCGUGGCCUUCAUAUCCGUCUUCACCAUGUGCUUCCAGAGCAUCAUGAAGAAGAGCAUCUUUAAUGUGUGCGGACUCCUGCAGGCCAUCGCCGGUCUGUUCCUAAUGGUGGGUCUGUUGCUGUACCCAGCGGGCUGGGGUUCUGAAAAGGCGCGGCUGUACUGCGGGCCGGAUGCGGGCCUGUACCGGCUGGGCCUGUGUUCUGUGGGCUGGGCGUUCUACACGGCGCUGGGCGGCACCGGCCUCAGCUUCCUCUGUGCGGUGUUCUCCGCGCAGGCUGAGGUCGCCACGUCCAGCGACAAGGUGCAGGAGGAGAUAGAGGAGGGCAAGAGCCUGAUCUGCCUGCUGUAGGCCCCUUCCCAGUGGCUAGGCCCCGGUGGCUUGUGACACGCCCACUUCCCAGAAGCUCCGGCGGCCUGACACGCCCCUUCCCAGAAGCCCCAGCGGCCUGACACGCCCCCUUCCCUAAAGCCCCAGCGGCCUGUGACACGCCCCCUUCCCAGAAGCCCCGGCACCCUGUGACACGCCCCCUUCCCAGAAGCCCCGGCAGCCUGUGACACGCCCCUGUUCCACUGUCUGUGUGACACGCCCCCUUCCCAGAAGCCCCAGCGGCCUGUGACACGCCCCUUCCCGGAACCCCCUGUUCCACUGUCUGUGUGACAUGCCCCCUUUCCAGAAGCCCCGCGACAUGUGACGCCCCUUCCCAGAAAACCCGGCAGCCCCUGUUCCACUGUCUGUGUGUGACACGCCCCUUCCCAGAAGCCCUUGUUCCACUGUCUGUGUAUCUCCUGCCGCACAAGUGCUGUAAAGUGAAGCCACAGGGCUCAAUCGCCCCGGUGGCUGGUCCCAGGAUAGCUCAUAUAAACCCCGCCUCCCUAGGAUAGCUCAUAAGCCCCGCCUCCCCUGAACAGCUCAUAAGCCCCGCCUCGCCAGGAAGUCUAAUGGGACGCUAGAGAAACAUUCAAAUUACACUUCAGAUUAUUUUUUUCCAAACAUUUUUUUCUGCCAUUUUAGGAAGUUUUUUCUCGCUGAUUUAAGUUUGUGUUCGUUUUUUGAUCUUAGUUUGUUAUUUGAUGCUCUAAAAACAGUGUGUGGCGUCAUAAUUGACAGUUGUGAUUGACAUCUUCUCUAAAUGAAGUCACUGAGGCACAAACAGACUUUUUUGGGAUUUUCGGGAGGAGAUUGGAGAUUCAACUUUUAUUUCCACAACUCCAUAACUGUUUAUUUCACACAGUAGAGUGUGUAGUUGCGGUUCCUGCAAGCGUGAGGGCGGAGCUUGAUAUCACGUCGUCUCGCUCACUGCUCCCAGAUCAGCUUGAGGUGUUCAUAUCAGGACUUACUGUCCAUGUUCUCAGAUGAUCUGAUGUGUAUGUGUGUGUGUGUGUGUGUGUGUCAUAUUAGAUGAUCUGAUGUGUGUUCGUCUGUUGUACAUAUGCCUGUAUAUAAUGUAAAUAUCAUUCUGAAGGAUUGUGGGAAACCACUGUGCCAAACCCACACACACACACACCUGAGAUCGACCUGCUCCACAGAGCCAGAUACGUGUACUGAGCGGUGUGUGUGUGUGUCUCUCUCUCUCUCUCUCUGUCUGUCUCUAUGUGUGUGUGUGUGUCUGUCUGUCUGUCUGUC